AUGUCUGAAUAUCCGACAUUCCAGCAUGGCAAGUCUCGUUUCGACCAGAACACAUUUUUUGGUCGGUUCAGGCACUUCCUGGAUGUGAUUGACCCCAGCACACUCUUCGUGACAGAGAAACGGCUGCAGGAGAGUGUGGAGCUGCUCAACCGUUUCAGACAAGGAACUCUGCCUCCGGGAGUGACUGAUGCUCAGCUUUGGCAAGCGCAAAAAAUAAAGCAGGCCAUCAUCCACCCUGACACGGGGGAGAAGAUCCUCAUGCCCUUUCGGAUGUCAGGUUUUAUCCCAUUUGGCACACCAGUGGUCGUUGGCCUCCUUCUCCCAAAUCAAACAUUGGUGUCAACUAUCUUCUGGCAGUGGUUAAACCAGAGUCACAAUGCCUGUGUUAACUACUGCAACCGCAACGCCUCCAAGCCGGCUCCGGUUUCCAAAUUCGUCCAGGGAUACGCUGGAGCGGUGACCAGCGCAGUCUCCAUUGCUGUUGGCCUAAACGUGUUUAUCCAGAAAGCCAGCCGCUUCAGCCCAACUACCAGGCUUUUGGUGCAGAGGUUCAUCCCCUUCCCAGCAGUGGCGAGUGCAAACGUCUGCAACGUGGUGCUCAUGAGACACUCUGAGCUGUCGGAGGGCAUCAAUGUCCUCGACGACAAUGGGAACGUGGUGGGAACAUCAAAAGUGGCUGCCAGGCAUGCACUUUUAGAAACAGCUGUGACCAGAGUGGUCUUGCCGAUGCCGAUUCUGGUGCUCCCACCCAUGAUCAUGGCUGCACUGGAGAGACUCCCUCUGCUGCAGAGACGGCGGAGACUCGUCCUGCCCGUCCACAGUCUGGUGUGCCUCGCUGCCUUCGGCCUGGCUCUGCCUCUCGCCAUCAGUCUCUUCCCUCAGAUGUCCCAGAUCAGCGUGAAUCAGCUGGAGCCGGAGAUCGCCAUGGCAACAGAUUGUAAGAUCGUGACAUACAAUAAAGGCCUGUGAGUGAUCUCGACCGCCCGACGCAUGAAAACAUCAUCGUGGUUCAAACGCCCUGAAGCUGCCAAACAGGGAAUUAUGGUGAAUAUGUCCGUGUUACCCAGUGAGCUUUUAGCACGUUUACAGAGAGAGGCAGCGAGAGAACAUGUUGUUAUGGCAGGACAAUGACUGGUAAAUAAGCAAUAGAAAAUCAGGGAAAAUCAAAACAAAGCAAAAAAACAAAAAAAAAUUAGAACACCUCAGAAAAUAUUAUUACUGCUACAACAUUACCAAAGACACUUACCAAAGAAGUAAUACCAAAUAAAGACUGUCCAUAGUGCUCAUGUGCUGCCUUCAGCUGAGAGAGGCAACAGCCUGGUUACGCUGGCUAGCUCAUUUAGCUCAUUUAUUAGCUCGCCUGGUUUCUUGUGUCUCUUCUUUCUCUAUUCCAUCACAAUGGGUGGAUGAAGCUCGACAUGAUUGCAGUUGUGGUCUGGAUUGUAUGUGAAUAUACUGUGAAUCAAAUCAAGAUAAAUGGCUGACGUAUAUUUUUGUGAACAUUAAGAGUUUUUUCCCCCUUAUUUCUAAUUUAAUACAGCAGUUCCCAGCCUUCGCUUGUUACCCCUUAAUGUAAAGCUCCCUCCAACCCAGUGUCACAGCUUGUAUGUCAGUAAGUUCGUGCCAAAGAGAAGCAAAGGUCAGAGAAAAGUCAGAAGAAUAAACAGAAUUUUGUUUGUCCUACCUGGACGAUCAUCUUGCGACCCCUUUUGAUAGUCCUGACCCCCAGGUUGGAAACCACUGAAUAGAAAUUGUUUUUUGUAAAAUAUUUUAAUAGAGAUCUCAGAUAAUUUAGCAGACCAUGACUUUACUAUCUGUUGCACAAUUGAAGAGAUUAGAAACUGAAACUUGCAUUUACUCUUUAUGAACUAUGUAUUGUGUAAGUUAAUGUAGAAACACAAUUCCAACGAUCAAUAAGAUUUUUAUUCUGUACAUGAUUUCUGAAAGCAUUGUUGUUAAGAUGCUGUCUUUUUCUAUGUAUUUGCACUUGAUUUAUAUAAACUUUCUGUUUUCAAGUA